UCAAGAUUCGUUAUUUGCCCAUCUUCUAAUAAUUAUGUACACUUGGAAAAUUCUUCAAAUUCCAUCAUUUUUCUUUCAGUCCUAUCAAGAUGAUGAAGAAGGAGUACCUUUUGAUGGAACUGCUGGAUCGUUCCCUAAAGACUUCGGUUAUGGGCCUUUUGAUGGAGACCAUGACAUUUUGUCUUCAUCAGCAGACCAGAAACCUAGAAUUUUACUGAUGGGGCUUCGGAGGUCAGGAAAAUCCUCAAUACAAAAGGUUGUAUUCCACAAAAUGUCACCGAACGAAACAUUAUUUUUGGAAAGCACAAACAAAAUAGUGAAGGAUGACAUAAAUAAUUCCAGUUUUGUGCAGUUCCAAAUAUGGGAUUUUCCUGGACAGAUUGAUUUUUUUGAUUCCAGUUUUGAUUAUGAUAUGAUUUUUGGUGGAUGUGGAGCACUAAUUUUUGUUAUAGAUGCACAGGAUGACUAUAUAGAAGCUUUGAAUAAACUGAAUCUUACUGUUACUAAAGCUUAUAAAAUCAAUCCUAAUAUAAAAUUUGAAGUCUUUAUCCAUAAAGUAGAUGGUUUGGGAGAUGAUUUCAAGAUGGAAUCUCAAAGAGAUAUUCAUCAAAGAGCCACAGAUGAUUUGAAUGAUUCAGGUUAUGAUCAAAUUCACUUAAGUUUUCAUUUGACAUCCAUAUAUGAUCAUUCUAUCUUUGAGGCAUUCUCCAAAGUUGUACAGAAAUUGAUACCUCAACUACCUGCAUUAGAAAAUCUUUUAAACAUAUUGAAUACAAAUUCAGCUAUUGAGAAAUCAUUCUUAUUUGAUGUAGUUUCGAAAAUCUACAUUGCAACAGAUUCGACUCCUGUAGAUAUGCAAAGUUAUGAAUUGUGCUGUGAUAUGAUUGAUGUCGUUAUUGACAUUUCAUGGAUAUAUGGGGUAAAAGAAGAGCAAGAUUCGGCAGCUUUUGAUGAGCAGAGUUCCAGUUUGAUAAAAUUAAAUAAUGGGACUGUGCUUUAUUUGAGAGAAGUCAACAAGUUCCUUGCCUUAGUUUGUAUUCUGAGAGAAGACAAUUGCGAUAAUAAAGGUAUAAUAGACUAUAAUUUCUUGUGUUUCCGCGAGGCUAUUCAACAGGUUUUUGAGCUGAGAAACAAGAGCCCAGUCUCUCCCAUGACUAACUCUAUUGGAAGUCCCAUUAUAAAUGGAAAUAAUAUCCAUGACGAGCAUUCAACAUGAGUCUUCCUUCCUAUGAGUACCUGAAGUUAUAUACUGCUGAUAAUGUUUUCCAGGAAAGCUGUUAAAUUUGAUGAAUAAGCUGGCUAGGGUAAAUGAAACAAUUUUUUUUGUCAACAUGCUAUCAACGUCUUUAUUUUUAAUCAAUAUUACAAAAAUAUUACUAAAUUCGAAUUAGGCACAUUCAGAUGGUGUCCAAUAAUACUCUUAUACCUAGUGAGUGACCCAUAUAGAUUAUGACUAGUAAUACUUUUUUAUUUUCUUCUUAUUGGAGAAGCAAAAUUACAAGCGCACUACUAGUGGUGCAUUUUGGAAACUUUCUGAUGAGUGAUGACACUUUGACAAGAAUGUUAUGAUUUCUGUGAGGUCAUAUUUUGUCACAAACAAUUGUUUAAAUUCCUGCAACUAGAACCACGGUGCGAAUUUAUGUGUUGUCAAUAAUGAACAAAUCACCAAAACUGUGUUAACUGAAUAAAAUAACCAUUUUCGAGUUCCUUUGAAAUAUUAGUGAAGAAUUGAAGCCAUAAUAGGUAGUUUUACAGCCUUUAUUCGUUUUAUUCUAAUGAAAAGCAAUAGAGCAGUUCAGCUAGCUUUAAGAGAGAAAAAUGUCUUCUGCCCUUCUUCUUAGUGUCCAAUAUAAAUUAAUGAAAAUUUUUAGCUGGCAACACUGGAAAUUAUGUCCAAUGUUACCAACAUAAAAUUUUCAUUAUUUUACGUUGGGGCACUGAAGACAAAAACAGAUGGGAAAGACAUUUUCUUUGCAAUGUUAGUAGUAUCUACUAGUCAUAAUAACUUUGUUGUAUUUGUUUAUUUUUUCCUGUGAGUAUAAUGUAUAAUCAUGUUAUUUGUUUUGAAAUAAUAGCAUUCCUACUUUAUGUAUACAUCAAUUUGUAUAUUUUGAAAGAUUUAAUAAUAAUCCCCUCUUUAUAAUCUGAGCAUCAGGUACCUAUAUGCCAUAUACGACUCUUUUACUUAUAGGCAUAUUUUCAUAUUUAUUUUUCACUUGUUUAAUGUUUUUCAUUGAAAUAAAUACCCAUAUAUAUUUUUUAGUAGGUAGGUAUACCUCUCCUCCUUCCAAAAGUAGAAAUAAUAAAGAACGAAAGUUA